AUGCUGCUAGCGGCGCUGCUGACCGCUGCUGCGCCCGCCCCGCCCGAUGCCGACCGCGAGGUCCGGAUGAAGACCACACGACAGCUCAAGGCCGUGUUGACAGCUGUUGACGUCCCGUUCUCCGAGUCCGCAAGCAAGAGCGAUCUCAGGGCGCUCGCGUUGAAGCACAAUGCACUGGCCAAGUACGAGGCCCUCCACCCCGAGAAGAAAAAGUCCAAGCCCGCGCGCCCUAGUGGCGCCUCGUCAGAGUCAGCUGAGCAGGCUGCGCAGUUCUUCUUUCUGAUGGACGCCGACGGCAAUGGGAGGGUGAGCGAACGCGAGAUGCGGGAUUCUGGGGUGUUCGGGCCCGACGCGUCAGCUGAAACCAUCGAGCAGGGCUUCGCGAGCAUGGAUGCGGACGGCAGCGGCUCCGUUUCUCAGUUGGAGCUAGCCCGCUUCCUGGAGCUGAUGAGCCAGCAGAGAGACGCGUAUGACUACGGGUCGGCGUAUGACUACGGGGCGCCUGUCGACCUGAGCCACUCGCGCAACGUGGAGGGCCCGGACACGAUCGACUACGCCCUCGACGACGACGACUACUCGGAGUUAGUGGACGGGUUAGGGCCGUCCGAUGAGUUGUAG